CCCUGGCUCCCUCCCUCCCUCCUUCCCCGGUUCUCUCUGGAGCAAAGCAGGCGCCGGCGCUGCGCCUCCGACAUCCGUCUGGCGAGGCGGCGGAGAGGCGAGGGCGCGGCACUCACGGCAGCCGGAGCGAGAUGGCCUCAGCAAACGAUACCCGGCAAGCGCCCAAGGAUGCUGCUGACCAGAACUUUGACUAUAUGUUCAAGCUGCUAAUCAUCGGCAACAGCAGUGUGGGCAAGACUUCGUUCCUCUUCCGGUAUGCGGAUGACUCCUUCACGUCAGCCUUUGUUAGCACUGUGGGCAUCGACUUCAAGGUCAAGACGGUCUACAGGAAUGAGAAAAGAGUCAAGCUGCAGAUUUGGGACACAGCUGGCCAAGAACGAUAUCGGACUAUAACAACGGCAUAUUACAGGGGAGCAAUGGGCUUCUUACUCAUGUAUGAUAUUUCCAAUCAGGAGUCCUUCAGUGCUGUACAGGACUGGGCAACUCAGAUCAAGACUUACUCCUGGGACAAUGCUCAAGUGAUCCUAGUUGGAAACAAGUGUGACCUGGAGGAUGACCGAGUUGUACCCACUGAAGAUGGGAAGAGGCUGGCUGAUGAGCUAGGUUUUGAGUUCUUUGAAGCCAGUGCUAAGGACAACAUCAAUGUCAAGCAGGUCUUUGAGCGCUUGGUGGAUAUCAUCUGCGAAAAGAUGAACGAGAGCCUGGAUCCUAGCCCCGGCACAACCAGCAACAACCAAAAGAAUACGGCACUGAAUGAGACCCCAGCAGCACAGUCCAACAGUUGUUCUUGCUAGAUGGGACAUUGCCCACCUCCUUGGACCCUGCAGCUCACUCCCCGUUGUCCCACCUAAAUAGGGAGGAAAGCUCAGCAGUUGCCCAUCUCUUCAUCCAAAUGCUAGUUGGCUGAUUUGCCCAGUAUGCCUCUGGCUAUACCUGUUUGGCCCCUGAAAGCAUGUGCCAGUUGCCUGGUGCCCCCUUUCUUCCCCACGUAGCAUGAUAGACCUUUUCUAGCCGAUGAGCAUGAUUUCUUUGACACACUUGCACUCACACUCUGUGCUUUUGCAGUCCGGGUGAUUUAAAGCCAGCUCUGGGCCAUCAAAUGCCUUUCUCUCAACCUUGCAGGGCUCCUGCAACUAUGUGCAGUGCCAACUGUUUGGCUUUUUUACUGGAUAGCCCAGUGACUGGAAAGCUGGUACUUGGUUUUGCCAGCUAUUGCCUUCUGUGAGUUUCUCCCCUGUUUAAAGAUAAUAAAUCCCAGUGGCAGUUUGAUGAUGAGUAUUCUCAUUUUCUACCUCUUUGAGAACCGGGUGGUUGUGAGGAAAAUGCAACUGGAACAGACAGAGAGGCCUAGUCUCUUUAGAGUGGGAUAUAAUGGGAUAGAUGCUGCUCUCUCAGAAAACACUGUCUUCAUCUUUCAUGGCUGUAUUUAUAAGGGGUUAGGCUGGCAAACAAGAUAGCAAGGCACUGUAUUGUCGAAGGCUUUCAUGGCUAGAAUCACUGGGUUGUUGUAGGUUUUUCCGGGCUAUAUGGCCAUGUUCUAGAGGCCUCUAGAACAUGGCCAUAUAGCCCGGAAAAACCUACAACAACCUAGCAAGGUACUGUUUCCUCUCCAUGGCAUGAUGUGAGAGGUUACUCCUUAACAACCUGACCCAUCUGAUUUCCUUUUCCAGACAUUACCACUAUGACUUGAGAUCUCAACCAGUAAUAUAAUGAAGCCAGAGUUGGCUCAAGGACAUGUUUAUUAUCAGUGACAACAGCAUCAUCUUCAUCUCCCUUCAGACUUUCUGAUUCCCUCUUAGUUUAGUUGCAAUCCUCAAAGUAGUUGGGAAUGAUGGAUUUUUCCCAUAACAAUAUAUUGCUGUGAGCCAUCCCCAUCAUAAUAUGAAGUGCAUUUGGAUGACUUAGUCUUGAGUAGGCAGUGAACACCCAGGAACUAUACAAAAGAUUUGCUCUUGAAAUUAGUUUGUUCUUAGUUGUUUUUUGACUCGUUUGGAGGGUCAUGGGCUAUAGGGAAUCUCUUGAUGAGAGGUGGGCUUUCAAAAUUCACCAUUACACUACUCACUCCAGCCUAUAGCAACUGUGUUGACACGAUGCAUGUAAAGUUGAUUGAUGUAUGUAAAGUUGAUUGAUAAUUUCAGAGCAGCAUGAUUGUAGGUUUUGGUCUUGUCUUCAAUUGGCCACCCAAGGAUUAUGAAGGUUUAGGCCAGGGGUCCUCAAACUAUGGCCUGGGGGCCGGAUGUGGCCCUCCAAGGUCAUUUACCCGGCCCUCGCUUAGGGUCAACCUAAGUCUGAAAUGACUUGGAAGCACACAACAACAACAACAAUCCUAUCUCAUCAGCCAAAAGCUGUCCCACACUUCACAUUGAAAUACUCAUAAGUUUGUAUUUGUUAAAAUUGUUCUACAUUUUAAUUAUUGUGUUUUUUUGCACUACAAAUAAGAUAUGUGCAGUGUGCAUAGAAAUUCAUUCAUGUUUUCUUUUCAAAUUAUAAUCCGGCUCUCCAACAGUUGAGGGACUGUGACCUGGCCCUCUGUUUACAAAGUUUGAGGACCCCCUGGUUUAGGCAAUAAGUCAUGUGAUCUUGAAACACAUGACUUCUCUUGGGACCUCUUCUCUAAAUGUCUUAAUGGAAGUGUUACGUCUAUUUUGUUGCUCAUUCACAAAACAUUUGUCCCUAAAAUUUGUCGUGGAGGCUUAAUAUAAUAAACUUGUUUUCUGUUAUCGUUCA